AUGUACCUGCACACGCUGCCCACGACGGGCGCCCUCUCCUUCGGCGACGCGCUCGUCGCGCCGCCCGGCAGCGGCCUCGGCCGCGAGCUGGCGCGCGCCACGGAGCUGCGUGCCGCGCUGCGCGCCGUGCUCAAGGAGCGCAAGCACGGCGACGACGGCGAGCGCGGCGACUGGCUCAGCGUCGUCAAGGUGCGUGUGCCGACGUGGAGGGAGGCGCCGAGGGGUGUGUGCGGCUAUUUUGAGGCGCGGCGAGAGCCCAACAUGGCCGCUUGGAAGAGCAGCCAUGCCGUCGACGACUACCUGCCGUACCUGUUCAGCAUCUUCAACUGCGUGCAGACAGACGACCUGCUCGUGCAGUCCGAGCCAGAGUUCACCUGGCGCAGCACGCUCUCGUCGUCGUUCCUGCGCGAGCCGCCGCGCAUCACGCUGCGCGGCCUGCACUUUGAGCUGUGCUCCGUGCUGCUCCUCAGCGCCACGGCGCUUUCCAACCUCGCCGUCGCGACGGUGGCCUCGCUCGGCGCCUACGAGCGCGACGUCUCGCUCUCCGCCGACGCGCGCAAGGCGCACGACGACCGCCUGCGCCUGGCCGCCGACCGCCUCUGCAAGGCCGCGGGCAUCUUCGAGUAUCUCUCGCUCUCCCUCAUCCCGCAGUGGGAGGCGACGGCGGGCAGGAUACCGGGACGCGCGCCCGACGUGACGCGCGAGGUGACCAUGGCGCUGAGCAAACUGGCACUGGCAGACGCAGAGACGCUGGCCAUCCGCAAGCUCCUCUCGCCCUUUCUCUCGCGCGCCACCGACACGAUCACGCCGGGCCCGCCGCUGCCCAAGACGCAUCCUUCGGCCUCGCUGCUGGCCAAGCUGACGCUCAACGUAUCGACGCUGUACGCCGGUGCCCACGCGCUCGCGCAGACGGCCGGCAAGAAGGCCAGCAGCAGAGCAAGCGGCGCAGGCGACUUGGUCGAUGCUGCACUCUCGCCUGCCGGGCCGUCGAAGCGCGUCGGCGGGGCGACGGAGAAGAUGCUGGACCGCCUGAAGGACUCGACGUCGUCGAGCGACGGCGACAUUGCCUCUGGUCUGCUGCGCUACCUCUCAACGAGUCGCGACCUGGCCCGCGCACGGGCGCACAAGUGGCUCGGCAUCGACGCCGGCGAGGCGGGCCGCUACGGCGAUGCGAUUGCGCUGCUAGGCAUGAGCAGGGAGACGCUCGACGAGCUGGGCGGCGGCGGUGCUCGCAAGACACUGAAGGAGCGGGGCAACCGCGAGAACAAGAGCACUCUGCUGGCGAGUCGGGAAGAGGAGUUGCAGGUGGUGGAGCACUGGCUCAAGUCGUACACGAAGCUCAACGACACGGUCGGCUUCCAGCCCCUCACCAAGGCGUCGGACAUGCAGUCGCGCAUCCCCGCCGGGCGCGCAGCGCUGGCAGCACGGCGCUUCGAGCCGCCCGAGCCGGCGUUUGGGCCGGGCAGCGUCGGCUAUGUCUCGGAGGGCAUGCGGCGGCUGGGCGUCGCCGAUGCUGCCGAUGGCGUGGCCGGGAGCGAGGCACUGCCUGCGGAUGUCGCCGGCGUGCUGCGGCCAGAGGCCAAAAGCCAGCGGCAGGACUACGCCGGUGCGGGCGCGUACUACUAG